AUGAAAGCAGCAUUCGAGGCAGCCAACAAGGCAGCCUACGAGGCACCCAGCGAGGCGGCCAACGAGGCCUCCGACGAGGCAGCCCGCGGGGCAGCCAAAAAAACAGCCGUCGAGGCAACUGGCGAGGCAGCCAGCGACGCGGCCAACGAGGUAGCCCACGAGGCAGCCAACGAGGCGGUCGACAGGGCAGCCAGCAAGGCAACCAACGAGGCCACCGACACAGCACCCAGCAAGGCAACCAGCGAGGCAGCCAACGAGACAACCAAUGAGGGAACGUCGCGGAAAUCCUUCACUCGUGUAUUUGCCGACGAGCACGUCGCAAUGCGCCGCUUGCAUGACGGCGGCGUGGGCGUCAAGAGGAUCGCCGCGGGUUUGAGCCGCUCCACGGACACAGCCUCGAAGCACUUGUUCAAAGAGAACGCGACCAAGAAGCCCAAGGGCCGCCCGAAGCAUUCCAUCCGCACCCCCAAAGGGUUUCUCGCUGCUCAUCGCGCUUACAAGAAGCUCCUCCAGCCCUUUGGCGGCACAAUGGAAGUGACUGCAGCCAUGCUGAAGCCCGAGAUGAAGUUGAAAUGCGACAUCAAGACAGUGCGCCGCGCGUUUGCUGAGAAUGGUUAUCAGUUCCGCCCGCUGCACGCGAAGCCUGACUUUUCGGACGGGGACAAGAAGGAGCGCCUGCUGUGGGCCCGCGAGCACAAGCACCGGAGCCCCAGCCAGUGGUCGCAGUACGUCCACGCGCGCAUGGACAACAAGGUGUUCCAGGUGUUGCCCAAUGCGAAGUACAGGAAGGCGGCGGCAAAGUGCAAGGUUCGCGGGGUGCGCGGGAAGUGCAAGCGGGACUUCUCCGUUGGCCACGUCAAGCCGAGCAACCCUAAGGUGCUCGGGUCGACGAAAGUCGGAGACCGCGCCGAGGCCAUUCAGCGCCAGGUUCUGAAGCAGAGUUCGGGCGAGGGCCCCGUGACCAUCGCGCGCGCCAUCGGCGCGGGCAAGGCGUUGACGCGGCACCAGGUGGUCGGCAGGUGGAAUGCCGCAGCCGCGGAGCGACUGUAUUCGGGGGCGCUCCAGCCCGCUUCGAAGUGGGCCAACCCUCCGUGCGCGGCAAGUUCCGCGCCAUGGAAGACAACGACCCCACGGGCUACAAAUCUCGCUCGGGCACGGCGGCGAAGAAGUCCGCUGGCAUCCAGACGUUGGACUUGCCGAUCAGGGGGCCGCUUCGAAGCGGCCCUCUGA